ACCACGAAGCCGCCCGCCGCCCCUUCUCUCGCCGUUCAUCGCCUCAGCAAGCAGCACGCCGCUCGCACUGCGCACGGCAGACUGACUCGCGCGCUGGACGCUGUCUCGAAGCGGACCGCACGCUGUAGCAGCCUGGUUUCCGCCGCGCUGUGCGCUCGCUGCUGAGGCGCGUCAUGCUCACCUUCGGGGCUGCGCUGGCUCGCCGCUGUCUGCGCCAGGGCGUCGCAGGCCCCAGCACUGGGAGAUGUCCUGGCGCCUCGGCACGCCGCUGCAUGCACGACAGUGCGGACGCCCGUGCUGGCCAGACGCCCCGAGUGCGCUUUGCUCCGUCGCCGACGGGUGCGCUCCACCUCGGCGGCCUGCGCACUGCGCUCUUCAACUACCUCUUUGCGCGCCAGAGCGGCGGGCGCUGGCUACUGCGCAUCGAGGACACGGACAGGAGUCGGCUCGUCGAGGGCUCGCAGGAGAGCCUGCUGCGCGUUCUCGCCCUGUGCGGCCUCACACCAGACGAGAGCCCUUCGGCGCCCGGCGACUGCGGGCCCUACGUGCAGUCCGAGCGGCUGAGCCUGUACGCGGCGGCGUGCGAACAACUGAUCCGAGACGGACACGCAUAUCGCGACUUCCAGCCUGAGGCCGCAACCCUCGCAGAGAAGGAGGCAGAACGCAAAACGAAGAAGAAGACGCCACGGCCCAACCGGGACGCCAUCGUGCCCGACGAGGAGGAGGCACAGCGCUUGAUUGCCGAGGGGCGGCCGUUCGUCGUGCGGUUCAGGGUGCCGCGCAAGCCCACGACGAUACAAGACAUGGUCUAUGGAUCGAUCACCAUGCCCAAGUCGCAUGCCGACGACCCAGUCCUUGUCAAGUCGGACGGCUGGCCGACCUACCACCUGGCCAAUGUCGUGGAUGACCACGCCAUGCGGAUAACGCACGUGCUGCGAGGAGAGGAGUGGCUGCCUUCCCUGCCUCUGCACCUGGCGCUCUACGAGGCACUUCGGUGUCCGCCGCCCGCGUUUGCGCAUCUGCCGCUCCUCAUGAACAAGGAUGGCUCGAAGCUGUCCAAGCGCUCAGGCGGACACGUCAACGCACAGGACUAUCUCGCGGAGGGCUACGAGCCGGAGGCGCUGCUGAACUUUGUCGCGCUGAUGGGCUGCAACUGGCACGGCCGCGAAGGCGACAAUGAGGUCAUGUCGCUCUCGGAGAUGGUCGACGGCUUUUCCAUUGCCAACGUCUCUCAUGCACGUGCAAAGCUGCAUCUGGACAAGCUUCGCUUCCUCAAUCGCCAGCACAUGGCCCGAAAGCUCGAGAGGGGCGGUGAAGCCGCCGCCGAGUUGCUCAGCCGAGCUCGCCAGGCGCUUGCAGGCCGCUGGCCCGAAGCCAAGGAGCUCAUGACUCAGUCGCGCGUGGAGCAGAUCGUGCGCGCAGUCAUGGGUCGCCCCGACACCGUGAACGAGAUCGCCGACACGGCCUCGUUUCUCUUUGAGGCGCCGGACUGGAGCACGUCAGAAGCUGCGAAGCUUCGGGGCGAUCCAGAGACAUACACUCCCGUUCUCCACACGGCGCUCGACCUCGUCGAGGUGGCCAGCGAAGCGCAGGCCCGCGACGAGCUCUGGCUUACAACCGCUCUCGAGGACUUUGCCCUGCGGCUGGAGGCUGCCAACGGCUGGCAGGCGGGACAGGGCAAACAGCGCGUGAUGCGUCAGAUCCGGCACGCCCUCACUGCGAGAUCUCGCGGCCCGAGCAUUGGCACCGUCUUGGUGCUCAUGGGCCCGGCUCUCGCCAGGGAGCGCCUUCACGCUGCGCUCGAUCACUUCGCCAGCGAGGCCAGCACUGCGGCCCUUCCCGAGCAAUAGACCUAAUCGUAAGAUUGGCACAGCGGCCUCGCC